AUGUCAUUUUUAUAUUUCGUAACUAUCUGUCUAUCUAUCUUUCUAUCUAUCUAUCUAUCUAUCUCAUUCUCAUUUUUCAUAUCUUCCCAUCUAUCUUUAGAACUUUUGAUGUUGAUGCGUUGCUUUUUCUUUCUUUCUUUCUUUCUCUCUCUCUCUCUCUCUCUCUCUCUCUCUCUCUCUCUCUUGUGGCCCGUCACUUUUCGCAUAACUUUCUUCGACUCUGAUUUUCUCUCUUUUCGUUUUUGUCUCGUUUUUCCGACCAAGGAUAUUGCUUCCCAAUUUUUUCUUUUAUUCUUCUUUCCUUCUGUUAUUCUUUCUUUUUUAUUCUUUCUUUCCGUCUUUUUUCUCUGUUUCUUUAAUCUUUUUCUUUCUUUCAUUCUUUCUUUGUUUUUGUCUUUUUCUUUCUUUCUUUCUUUUUUUAAUCUUUCUUUCUUUCUUUCCGUCUUUUUCUUUCUUUUAAUCUUUCUUUCUUUUCGUCUUUUUCUUUCUUUUAUUCUUUCUUUCUUUCUUUCCUUCACGUUUUUUGUCUUUAUUCACGCUGUACAAACGUCUUCCCCCCACCCCCUCAUUCCUUGCUUGCAUCUCUUCUUCAUUCUUUCCUUCUUUCUGUAUUGUUCUCUUUUCUUAACUUCUUCCAAUCUAAUUAUUUAUUUAUUUCUCUCCUUUUCUUUCUCUCUCAUUGCUUCAUUUUUUUCUUUCUUAAUAAAUUCUCUAUUUGCAGUCAGUAGUAAUUUAUUUUUGCUUCUAUCUUCAAUUUUCACUCUUCAUCAUCACUUGUUUAUUUUUUCUUUCUUCCUUUUUAAAAUCCAUUUUUCUCUCUCUCAGUCUUUUCUUAUUUCUCUAUUUUUUAUUUGCAUCUCCUUUCUUUCUUUCUUUUUUUCUUUCUUUCUUUCUUUCUUUCUUUCUUUUUCCGUGCUUUCCAUUUAUGUAUCUGUGUCUUUCUAUCUUGAUUUUUGUCUCUUUCUUUCUUCCUUUCUUCCGUCCUUUCCUUCUUUCUUUCCUUCAACCCAUUUUCCCCUCUCAGUCUUUCCUUAUUUCUCUAUUUUUUUAUUAUUUGAAUCACUCUACCUUCGUUCUUUUCCCACUCUUUCUAUUUCUUUAUCUGUGUUUUCUAUCUUGAUUUUUGUCACUUCCUUCCAUCCUUCCUUCUUUUUUUCUUUUUCUUUCUUUCUUUCUUUCUUUCUUUCUUUCUUUCUUUCUUUCUCCUUUUUAUUUUACUUUUCAUUCACGCUUAACCUAUUUAUUUCUUUGUUUUUUUUUCUAUUUCACUUUCUCAUUGUCGCUUUUAUUCAUUUCUUUCCCUCUUUCUUUGUCUUUUCUUUCCUUUUUUACUUCCUUUCUAUUUUUCCUCCAAUAUUUAUUUACGUAUUAUUUUUUUUUUCAUUCUUCCUUUCUUUCUUUCUGCAUUUUACUUCUAUCGCUUUUCCCUUUAUAUUUAUUUUUUCUUUUCUUUCCCCGCUUUCUUUAUAUUUUACUAACAAUGGUAAAUGGUGUUACAUGGACCAAAUCCUUUUGAUUUGCUCCUCUGCGAUAUAA